AAAUUUAUAAUCUCUCCCUCUCUCUCUCUCUCUCUCUCUCUCUCUCUCCGUGUUUAUCUCUCCUCUACUUAAUUCGUGUUUGCUUCCACAUGAUCUACUUGCAAUUUCAUUAGCAUGUUUUGCAGCUUUUGACGUUCUCAAAGCGGACACUACAGCUCCAUAACUCAACACAACUCUCACUUCUUUGUUCCCUCUCUGUCUCUCUUCUCUUUUUUUUUCUUCUCUUUUUCCUUAUAUAAAACCCCCUCUGUUUCCGCUCUGUUUUUGCUUCAUAAGUCUCGCAAAUAUGUACAAAAAACCACCACAUGAAGACACGACAAUCCCAACAAGAAGAAGAAGAACCGCUUCUUUCUCUUCUUCCCUUCUCGACGCCAUCUACCGUUCGAUCGACGAAUCAUCAAAGGCUGAUCACGAUGAGCAGGAGCAAGAAGAAGAUAUGAUCAUCAAGAAGAAACAGAGCAACUCUGUUCUUAAGGAAGUCAAAGAGAUCAAGAACCUCCGACGAGCCAUUAUGAUCGAGAGUUGGGUUGAGAAGCAGAGUAUCCAAAGCUCCACGCUUUCGAAUUCGGGUUCUAGCUCUUCAGAGUCGGUGUGGUCGUCGUCGGAGACGGAUUCGAGCCUCAAACAUAGACCGAAAGCGAAGCCCGAGAAGAAGCAGCCGGCGGAGAGCAAGCAAAGCCCGAAUCCUCGCGUGUUUUCGAAGACCAAGCUUAAGGCCAUGAAAAUCUACGGAGAAUUGAAGAAAGUAAAGCAGCCGAUUUCGCCGGGCGGCAGGAUAGCGAGCUUCUUGAACUCCAUUUUCAACUCGGGGAAUGUGAAGAAGGCCAAAAUGUGUUAUGUUGGGGCUGUGGAGGACGUGACUUCCGAGCAUAUUUCUAAAUCUGUUUCCUCUUCGGCUUCAACUACUUUCUCAAGAUCUUGUCUAAGCAAACCACAAUCUUCGAGAACUAAACAUGGGAAUAAUAAUGGCAAUAACAAAAGGUCAGUGAGAUUUUAUCCUGUGAGUGAGAUUCUUGGCGAGGAUUCUCAGCCUUGUGGUCAUAAAUUUGUUUAUGAGGAUGACCCAAGUUUAAUGCCCUUGUCCACUAUUAGAACCUUUGUCAAGAGUUCUUCUUCUUCUUCUACUUCCUUGAAAGAGGAUUUAAGAAAAGAAAAAUCUGGUGAGAGAGAAACUCAGCGUAAGUUUCUUAGGAGUUUUUGUGAAAAUAAUGGUGAAGCUGAUGAUGAAGAAGAAGAAGAAGAUGAUGAUGACGACGUUGAGAGUUAUUCAAGUUCUGAUCUUUUUGAGCUUGAUCAUCUUGCUGGGAUUGGUAGGUAUAGAGAAGAACUUCCUGUGUAUGAAACUACUAGUCUCAAGACUAAUCAAGCCAUUGCUAAGGGCUUGAUUUUGUAG